AUUUGUAUUUCAUCUAUGGUUAAUAACUAACCCCACUUUUACAUAAAUUAUAUUUUCCGAGAUAUUAUCUAGUUUUAUUAUUAUAUCUCUGUUAUUAUGGAAAAUGUAACUGUGGAAGUCGAAUACUGCAACAAAUGUGGAUAUUUAAACAAGUAUGAAGAAUUGUUAAAAUAUAUAAAAGAUAAACAUCCAAAUAUUAACAUACAAGGCCGUGAAGGGCGUCGAGCAUCUUUUGAAGUUGUAGUGAACGGAUCCUUAGUUCACUCAAAGUUGCAGACAUUAGCAUAUCCUGAAUAUGAUGACUUAUGUGAUAUAAUUUCAGAGUCGAAAAAUGGAGAAGUACCUAAACGUAUAUGUAAGCAGCAACCUAUUACUUCUUGUUCAAUUUCUUAGUGAAACAAAUUGUAGUUGUUAAAAUUUGUAGAAAUUUUAUUUAGAUAUUACACACUUUAUUUCUA